AUGGAGUGGUAAAAUGUUGGGUUUGGGGUAUUUCGUUUUUCUACUACUGUUUGUAAAGAUUGAAGGACAGAGUGGCGAUAAUGUUAAAAAUCUUAUCAAACAAUUGUUUACAACAAACGAUUAUAAAAAGCAAGUCCGACCAAAUAUGGAUCAACGACAACCUAUGAUCUUAGAUUUAGAUCUUUACCUUGUGGGAAUAAACGAAUUGGACGAACUAAAACAGAAACUGACAACAACCGGUUAUUUAAAUAUUGGAUGGAUAGAUGAGUAUUUGAAUUGGACUUCAGCUGACUUUGGCGAAUUAGGUCACGUUUAUGUUCCACAAGCAGAUAUUUGGAUACCUGAUAUAACAUUACAAAAUGGAUUUACAAAAUUGAGGGAACUUGGAAGCAGUUUUAUAAAAGCUAAGGUAGGAAGUAAUGGACAAGUUACCUGGAUGCCGUUUGAAGUUUUUGAAUCCAAAUGUACAAUCGAUAUUACAUAUUUUCCUUAUGACCGACAAUCUUGUGACAUUGUGUUUGUGGUGUGGUCAAGUAGUAAUGCAGAUGUGAUGGUAACUCUGUGGAAUAAUGGAAUUAUUUUAAAUAGCUUAGAAAAUAAUGCUGAAUGGUCAGUAGUGUCAACAGCUGCACGAGAGGACGUUAUGUCGUCCGAAUCUAGGGUUAUAUUUACAUUAAACUUGAAAAGAAAUUCAACCUAUUAUUUAAUGAAUAUUAUCAUUCCAAUCAUUCUACUCGGUGUAUUAAAUGUGUUUACUUUUGCACUUCCGGCUGACAGCGGUGAAAAAAUGGGAUAUUGCAUUACAGUGUUUCUUUCUUUUGCCGUUUUUCUUACAAUUGUCAGUUCCGAGCUUCCCAAAACAUCUGGAUCAAUAUUGGGAUAUUAUCUAAUGUUCCAGCUAGGCAUGGGAACUUUUGUUGUGUGCUGUACGAUUAUAGAACUUCGGUUUCACCAUCGUAAAGACGAUGUUCCAAAGAACAUAAUCAAGCUAAUGAAAUGCCGAAAUGUGAAGAAAAUUGAAUCGAAUUAUAAAAAUGAAACAGAAAGUAAACAAGAGAUCACGUGGGGUGAUGUUAUUUCGUCGUUUGAUUUGGUAUUGUUUUGGAUAACGUCUGUAAUAGUUAUAAUUGCCACAAUUACAGUGCUAGUUGUGCUUUGUACACAUUAA